AUGUGCCCCUUUGUUAGGAAUAGGGUCCCAUUGUCAUGUGCGCCGUGUAGGCAUAAGAAACUAAAAUGCAGCCGCUCAAUCCCAUGUGAGAACUGCAUCCGCCGCGGUGACGCCGCCGGUUGCGCCUACGCGGCCCCAGGCCCGCGUCGCAAAGCCGCUCCCCCUGGCUCUUCACCCGACGAUAUGCAGAAUCGCAUCGACCGGCUCGAAGGGCUCGUUCUGUCCUUGAUGACGAACGGCUCGACUGCCAGGACCGACAGCAGCGGUGGCGGCGGUGGCGAGCGAAGGAGUGGGAGUACCAGUACGAGUACGGCGGAUGACGACGGGGAAAUGGAGAAGAUUAAGGAAGAGGAAGAGUACGGAGAGGGGGAGGAAGGGGGAGAGAGUGAUGUGGAUGCAGUGGCAAAUUCGUUUGGGGUAUUGAAAGUUGAUGCGGAGACGGAGAAGACGAUGUAUAUUGGAGAUUCUCAUUGGCACCUUGUGUUAUCUGAUAUCGCGGAAGUUCGCAAUUACUUCACCAACCAUAAACGCGAGCUCGAUAACCAGUACAAAAAAGUCAAUGAAACGAGCGCCGCGAGCCAGAUGCCGGAUUUCCUAUUCCAAGGGCUGGCACCCACGACGGAGAUAGAGCUGCGCGCGGGCCUGCCACCUCGCGCAAAGGUCGAGUCGUUGCGCGCUUCUUCAACUCGCUCGAUCCGUUCGUGCAAAUGCUGCACCACAAGACGUUCUAUGAGCGGCUCGAGGCGUUUUUCGCGGACCCGAAGAGCCAGAGUUUGGCGUGGGUGGGUCUGCUCUACGCGACGCUGA